AUGAAGGAUAAUGGCUUAACAACAGGAGGGAAUAAUUUGGACUUGAAUAGUAGCAGAGGUGGAGGAGAUCACUCUUCUUAUGAUGCCAAAGGUGGAUCUAGUGCAGCGGCCGUAAGAUGCUCUGUUACAGACAAUUCAAUGGACAUGUCCAUCAAUAUAAAUUUAGGAGUUAAUGUCUCAAAACAAGUUACAUUGGUAGCAAAGAACUUGACGGUUGAACUUACUAAGCGUAAUAAGUUUUUCCGUAAAGUUGUGACCCCAAUUUUAAAAAGUGUUAAUUUCAUGGCUUCACCUGGGCAGCUUAUUGGUAUUAUGGGACCUUCAGGGUCAGGGAAAUCAACACUAUUAAAUGCUCUUUCUGGGAGACUCAAAGGUAGAGAGUAUAAUAUUAAGGGGUCUGUAGCUAUUAAUGGGUUUACUGACAUUGAUUUGGGAUAUUUGACUCGAAUGGUUGUACAGGAGGAUUAUUUACUUCCUUAUCUCACCAUUAAAGAGACGAUGGAUAUUGUGGCAGGUCUGAGACUUCCACAUUAUUCCAAGAAGGAUCGUGAGGAUAAGGUUAUCGAGAUUCUUGAUAUUAUGGGACUUAGACAUGUACAAGAUACAUAUGUUGGAGGAAUUUCAAAGAAAGGAAUUUCUGGUGGAGAAAUGAAGAGACUUGGUAUUGCCUUGGAAUUGAUUCAGAGUCCUCCAAUCUUAUUUUUAGAUGAGCCAACUACAGGUUUGGAUGCUGCUAGAGCUCAUGACUUGCUUUCUUAUCUUUUAUCCCUGUCUCAUAGUACCGGCAUUAUAGUGAUUUGUUCUAUUCAUACCCCAAGAUCGCAAUCUUUUGUUCUGUUUGACAAAGUUGUUCUUUUAAGCAAAGGAUUUGUUCUAGGUCAAGGUUCUCCAAUGGACGUUGUUACCUUCUUUAACGACGUUGUUACACCUUUCCCUGAUAACUAUAACCCAGCGGAUUUCAUUAUUGAUGCUACCUCUCUUGUUGAGUUGGUACAUAAAAAAGUAAUUUCAUCCUCAAUAUAUGUACCCAAGGAUGCAACUAUAAAGGAGAUUGAAAUAGCUGAGCUCAAUUUGGAUGGAGAGGAGCCCCUCUAUGCGUUCGAAAAGUCAGUAUCGAGAGAUGACAUUUCAAUGAAGCUUUUUGGUCUAGAAGUUCCUUCUAUUAAUUCUUUGGACGAGUUCCAUAAGAUCUACGAACAAUCAGUGUAUGGUGAAAACGUUAAAAAGAGUAUCGAUAAUCAUUUAAGGUGUGUUGAUACAAGCAACCCUCAGAGUUUAUUUGAGAAUUAUGGAAACAUUGAUUCUGCGAAUAUGAAAAUUCUUCCAACUCAAACAAUUUGCCAGAAGAUUGCCAGGCUGUCCCCUAUUCCAGGUCCUAUCCGUUUUUGUAGAGAGAUGAAGUACCUUACAAGGAGAAUAGUUCUUAACACCUGGAGAGACCCUAAUGUAACACUCGGACUACUUCUAGUUAAUACAAUUAUGGCUAUUAUUAUGGGAGGAGUUUUCUUCUCACUCCCAAGAUCUGGGGCAAAUGAUUUGGAUACUGCUCAAAAUGCAAGAAACAUUUUGGGAUUAAUUUUUUUUGUAGCAACAAGUAUCUCAUUCUUUUCCGUUAAAGGGCUUGUAGUAACUGUGGAUGAGCGUUUUGUUAUGAACAAAGAGACCUACUCUAAGAUGUAUACGCCUAUUUCUUACUAUAUUUCGAGGAUGGUUUCAGACUUCCCAGUUCAACACAUUCAAACCCUAAUUUAUACGACGAUUGUUUACUUUAUGACUGGCAUAUAUGAUAAGAAUUUCAAAACCUCUUUGGCUGACCAGUUUGGACUUUGGACCAUUUCUACCCAAGCUGGGGUGUUUCUUUCUUAUUCAUUUUCAUAUGUACUUUCCUCGUUUAGCACAAGCAGAAGUACUGUAUUCCAGAUAUUCCCACUUUUCAGUUUGGUUUUCGCUUUGCUUGCUGGUUACUUUGUCACGUUUGACCAAAUUCCAGUCUGGAUUAGAUGGUUGGGAUGGAUUUCUACAGUAAGAUAUACUUAUACUGGCAUGGUAUUAUCAAUCUUCAUUCCAGGAGAAAGAUUCUCGACAGUAACUACAGACUUAUUUCUAGAGCAAUUUGAUCUAUGGACAACUAAUAUUUGGCUUAACAUUCUAGUAACUAUUUGCUUGGGAUUAGCAUUCAGAAUUCUUGGAUACUUCUUAACUGCAUUCACUUUAAGGAACUACAAGAUUGCAAGUUAG